AUGGUGAGCCCAGGAUCAAACAGUGCUAUAGGCAUGAUGUACCAGCAGCAGCUGUUGACGCCGGCCCAAAUCAAAGGCUUCCAAGACGUGUACGCCGAACUCAGCACGCCAGACGCGCACGUUCAGGUGCAACAAGAGCCAAAUGGCACGACAACGUUCUACUUCAAUGCCACGGCCGACACCGGGGGCGGCUGUGUCUUCCAGACCCACAGCGCGGCGACGGCGGCCUCCAUCCUCCACAUUGCGCAGGUGAAGGGGGCCGAGGUCGAGCAGGUGCACGCUGACGUCCUGGCGGUCAAGGCCAAGGCGGAGGCCCAGUCGGCGAUGGGGAUCCCGACUUACGUCGGAGCCGACGCGGGGGUGUACCUCGUGAACGCCGAGGCCGGCCCUUUUCACGGUUCGCUUGGGCUUGCCGCGGAUACGGAGCUGGGGUGCAAAGACCAGUCUGUUGGGUGCAAGGUUCUGGGUUGCGGGGUGAGGGUUGGAAGGGUUUGUGAAGUCUCGGUCUUUGGCAACAGUGUUGGGAUCGACUGGGGAAAGUUCAAGUUCUGGUGA